ACCUGCGGCCCAAAAAGCUGUCUCCGCCCCCUCCAACCUGGGUGACCGGGGAGACGACCGCUGGAGCGUGUGUCCCCGACACCAGGCAGCGGCGGCAGUCUGGGAGAAAGAAAUCCGGCGGCAGGGAAAGAACCUUGCCCUUAGGCCAGAGGAAAGGCUAGCUGCCCCGCCUCCGUCCGCCAGAUUUCGCUUCGCCGUUGAGGGAGCCGCCCGGCACCCGCCCCCAACUGGCCCAGCCUCGUGGAGCGUCUGGGAACCGCAGAAGCAGCAACCUGCCGAGAUGGAGGCGGCAGGCACCUGGGCGCUGCUGCUGGUGCUGCUGCUGCUGCUGCUGCUGGCGCUGGCGCUGCCUGGGAUCCGGACCGGAGGCCACCUGCCCCCUGGGCCCGCGCCGCUGCCGCUGCUGGGGAACCUGCUACAGCUCCGGCCCGGGGCUCUCUACUUGGGACUCAUGCGGCUGAGUAAGAAGUACGGGCCGGUGUUCACCGUGUACCUGGGACCCUGGCGGCGCGUGGUGGUCCUGGUUGGGCACGAGGCUGUGCAGGAGGCCCUGGGGGGUCAGGCGGAGGAGUUCAGCGGGCGGGGGAUGGUGGCGACGCUGGACGGGACCUUUGACAGCCACGGUGUUUUCUUCUCCAGUGGGGAGCGCUGGAGGCAGCUGAGGAAAGUCACCAUGCUCGCUCUGCGGGACCUGGGCAUGGGGAAGCGAGAAGGCGAGGAGCUGAUCCAGGCGGAGGCCCAGCGUCUAGUGGAGGAGAUCCAGGGGACGAAAGGACGGCCACUUGACCCGUCCCUGCUGCUGGCCCAGGCCACCUCCAACAUCAUCUGCUCCCUCAUCUUUGGCCGCCGCUUCCCCUACGACAAUGAGGAGUUCCAGGCUGUGGUCCGGGCGGCCGGCGGCACCGUAGUGGGGGUCAGCUCCCCGUGGGGCCAGACCUACGAGAUGUUCUCCCGGCUCCUGCAGUACCUGCCCGGCCCCCACACACAGCUCCUCGGCCACUUGGGCACCCUGGCUGCCUUCGCCGUCCAGCAGGUGCAGGAGCACCGGGGGAACCUGGACGCCUCCGGGCCGGCACGCGAUGUUGUAGAGGCUUUCCUGCUGAAGAUGGCAAAGGAGAAGCAGGACCCCCACAGAGAAUUCACCGACAAGGACUUGCUCAUGACGGUCAUUUAUCUUCUGUUCGCCGGGACCGUGACCAUCAGCACCACGAUCCGCUACACCCUCCUGCUCCUGCUCAAAUACCCUCGGGUCCAAGAGCGAGUUCGGGAGGAGCUGACACGGGAGCUGGGGGCUGGCCAGGUGCCAGGCCUGGGGGACCGAGCCCGCCUCCCCUACACGGACGCUGUUCUGCACGAGGCACAGCGGCUGCUGGCACUGGUACCCAUGGGAGUGCCCCGAGCUGUCACCAAGACCACCCGCUUCCGGGGGUACACCCUGCCCCAGGGCACAGAGGUCUUCCCCCUCCUUGGCUCCAUCCUGCAUGACCCCGAGAUCUUCGAACAGCCCGAGGAGUUCAACCCAGGCCGAUUCCUGGAUGCAGACGGAAAGUUCCAGAAGCAGGCGGCCUUCCUGCCUUUCUCCUUAGGUAAGCGCGUCUGCCUCGGCGAGGGCCUGGCGAGGGCCGAGCUCUUCCUCCUGUUCGCGGCCAUCCUGCAGGCCUUCUCGUUGGAAGGCCCGAGCCCACCGGGGGCCCUGAGCCUCCAGCCAGCCAUCAGUGGCCUUUUCAACAUCCCCCAAGCCUUCCAGCUGCAGUUCCGGCCCUGCUGACCUCCACACCCUUCCCACCGUGUGCACUGGAUGUGGGAGGGAGCCUCCACGGUGGGCCUGGACACGGCUGUGUCUCCAGAGCCACACGUCUACACCACAGGCAGCCACAUCCACAAAGUCAUCAGCCCACGCAGCUGUCACAUGCAACCACACAUCCAGGCACACCCACGAGGGCCACAAGGCAGCUUGGCCACACAGCUUGGUUCGGACCUAAAUUGAGCCACAUUCCUGGAUAACCCACCAUCUCACACAAAACACAGCUCCCCUGGAUUCGCAACCCACACAUGGGAGUUCAGCUGCCACUGUCACAAGCCACAGAAACAGCCAGUGUUCCCGGCCCACAUGCCCUCUGCUCUUUUUUUGUUUUUCCUUCUGGCUGCCCCCCGGCAUAUGGAGUAUCAGAUCCGAGCCGCAGUCAAGACCGAAGCUGCAGCUGCGGUGAUGCCAGAUCUUUAACCCACUGCGCUGGGCCAGGGAUUGAACCUGCAUCCCAGCGCUCCCAAGAUGCCACCAAUCCUGUCGUGCCACGUCAGGAACUCCCCACAUGCCCUCCACGCAUCAGCCCUACCAGUGCCAUCCUGUCUGAGAGCCUGGUACAGAAAACAUGCCCCAUGCUGGGUCAUGUCACCACACAGAGGACCUCCUUGUCCAAAGCCCUGUGACCAUACUGCUAUCCAGGGACAAUUCUGUCACCAUCCACAUGCCCCCAACCACUAAACCACACAGCCAGCCCACAUGUGACAAUGGCCUGCUUCCUGAACAUCUCACCGAGACACGCCACUGGCACAGAGGCACAGCCCCAGCCUCCUCUGCCCCUUCAGCCCUCAAGGGCUCCCCUACCCAGGCAUCCCAUCCCCAAAUGCUCCCCAAUACAAACACACCCGCAGCGUGCAAUUAGGCACCAGCCUGGGGAUCAAGUAAACUUGGACUCAUGGGGACCCUCAGGCCAGGGGAACCCACACGCACCGGCUUAUAUAACCAUGUUGAACACGUUCCCUGUACCUCCCCCCGCAAAACACACGCACUCACCCCCUCCCCGCCCCUACUCUGCAUCCACGUCCCAGUUAGACCCAGUGGAAGGGGCCAGAUUGCAACUCCCCGUGUCGGGGCAGAGGCCAGGUCUGUCUGACGUCCCUGUGACUCAAAGGUCCCCUUUUUGCAAUAAAAGUUCAUUUCUGGCCCCUGGUCUGGCCCCGGGCAGAGCCUA